AUGAAGGCAGUAGUAGAGCGCUUCAACAAGGUGUUGAAUGAGGUCGAUCGCGAAGCCGCGCGCAUGGAAGAGACUGGACAGAAGAAACCAUUUCGUAUCGGCGACAACAGCCAGGCUUUGCAACAUCUGCAUACCGGUACCCUCGACUGCCCGAUGGGGUUCAACAUUGAGAUUGAGGCGAAGGAUUGGAGGAGGCUAGUCAAGACUGCACUCAAGACGGAGAUCUAUGGCGGAGGGAGCAACCCACGACCACUGUUGGACUUGGUGAAGGAGAGCGAAGCGAGGCAAGAGACUUGGCAUAAUGGCAACCAUUCCUGGAGCGAUGAGAUGAGGCAGUUACAUGCCGGGAGACCUGAAUGCGAUAGUUCGGCGGGCUGCGAGGCGUUAGGAGCGCAACACAUACGGAGAGUCAUCAAUAACCUGAACUGGGAUUGA